GCUCCGCUGGACCCGAAGAGGGGAAGUGAAGUGAAGUUGCCUCCGUCGUCGACCUGCAGCUUCCACCUGGAGGAGGAGGUAGAGGAGGAGGAGGAGGCGGCAGCGCGCGCUCAGAGACCGAUACACAACUCAUCUGCCUCUCAAUCGAAACCAAACUGUGUCCAUCGCUGUCUGCACCCUCUGGACUGUCAUCUCCAAACAAAACAGAUUCAAGGCUUGUAGCCUUUUGAUUUAAUUACAUCAACACUGAAUGUCUUUGUUAUGCAAAUCUGACAGUAACAAAUGGCUGAUUCUCAUCCUCAUCACUUAUUUCUUUUUAAUCUGAUUAAUGACACUUGUCUCAAACAAAACUUCUAAUCAGCUCAUGGACAAUGAAGGAACAAUAGUGGGUGAAAAAGACAUGGCAUCAAACGAUGACUCGCCCAUGGAACAAAUGAAAUUUGAUGACGAGAUCACAGUAAACAACUACGCUGACUCUGAAUCAGAGACAGCCUUUCUCCUGGAUGAGUGCACCCAAUACCCAACGAAGGAAAUGGACCAGGUGGUCAUGGACAACUUGGGGCGGCUUUUUGAGCACUGCAUCCAGAAAGUGUCUUGUCUGGAGGAGCAGAGGGACGAGCUGGUACGCGAGCUCCUCCGCCUGCAGGAGCCCUUCCUGCGAGUUGUGGAGCACCUGAGAAGAAAGCUGGUGGAGGCACAGAAGCUGCUCACGCUAUCUCAGCUGGAUUACACGUCUGUGUUUGAAGAAGUGCAGCGGGUGAAGAGGAAACUGUUUGCAGCAGCCAGAGACUGCAUCCAGAGCCAGGUGACACUGGCCAAACAGGAGUAUGAGGUGGCUCAGUCUGCAGUUACUCAGGAAGAACUCGAGGCUCGCAUCCAAAAUCUGAUCCAGGAGUUGUCCCAGCUCCCAGAGCUUCACCGAAACCAGUUUAACUCUCUGAAGGACCAGAUCACAAAGCCCUGCAGACCCAGGGCCAUGACUGACGUCAGCCAGUGCCGCCAAGCUUCCGUCAGGCUCCAGCGGCGGCUCAGUGGCAGCGUGACGGCACUGGAAGGCUGGUACGAGCCUCGGCUCCUGGCCCUGCUGAAGAGGCGGCAGCUUGGAGAGGAGGCUUUGAGAAAGAGCAGGGAGCAGGCGAAGGACCUGAGGGCCAGACUGGGCCCACUGAGAGAGGACAUCCAGAGACUGGAAGUGCAGAGAUCCUGUCUGGAACAGAGGAUCUCUCUCAUGGAGAGGGAGAGGCAUGACAGCAACACACAGCACAAGGAGACUGUGGAAACAUUAAGAGAAACCCUAAGGGAACUGGAAGUGGAGUUUGAAGUUCAAAGAAAAUCCGAGGAAUAUUUGGAGGCUCUUAAAGAUGGUCUUCUGACAGAGCUGACAUUUCUGAGAGGCCGUGACGAAGCCAACAAAACCACUGCUGAAGAGAAACCUUAACUUUCUAUUUACAGUGAAUAUUAAAUUACCGGCAAGCCUCAUGUGGCUAAAGCGGUAGAAGACGGAUCUACACCAGACCAAACUGUGUCAAGCAGCUGAUUAUGCUGAGCAUUUGUUCUCAUCUACAGGCUCAUAAAGUCAUCUCACAGACAACUCUCAACUUCAUGUACGACAUAAGGCAUGAGAGAUUAAAUGUAAAUAUUUUUAUUAUGAAUAUGCUUAAAGUCAUCAGAUGCAGCACAGG